AGAGAGAUCAAACUCAAAGAGUGAUCAAUCAUGACAAAGAAGGUAAAACUUGCGUUGAUGGAAAAUGAAAAAUCUAGAGCAAUAACGUUGAAGAAAAGGAGGUCGGGGUUAGUGAAAAAGGUAAAAGAAAUAUCAACAUUAUGUGAUGUAAAAGCUUGUUUGAUUAUGUUCUCCCCUAAAGAGGUUGAACCAAUGGUGUGGCCAUCUGCUGAGGCGGCUCGUAACCUCCUCAAAGACUUCGAUGCCUUGCCGGCGUUCACGAAGAAGAAGAAUGAGACGAGUCUGGAGUCGUAUCUGAAGGAGAAGACAUGGAAGGUUCAUGAGAAUUUGAGGAAGAAGACUCAGAAGGAGAACGAGGAGUGUAUGAUGGAUCAGUUGAAGGUGCAGCUAAGCAGCUUCCCUAAACUUGAUGAUCUUGACGUGAAGGAGAUCUAUUCAUUGAUCUCUUUCUCAAAGGACGCCAUCAUGCAUUUGAGGAAGAAGGUAGGUUCGGUUCAGCAUUGUCCUCUUCGCGAUCCACCGGUGUAUCCAUUUGAAGACCAGGUCAAGGAGUUUAGGACCACCACAGGAGGCAGCCAGGAAAAUGAGAGAGCUAGGAAGACUUAUGAAGAGGUGAACAUGGCUAGCAUUGGUGCUUCAAAGGAGAAGCAAACCUACUACUUGAUGGAUAAAUGGAUUUUCCCAUCUUUGAAGCAACCUUCCCCUCAAAGUCAUCAACAAAUCAUGAUGAACAUGGCAUCUUACAACAACAGCACUUUAGACCCUAGAUGUUAUCAGAGUUAUCAUCCAUAUCAGGGAAGUAGUAGCAAUGGAGACCAUAAUUUGGAAAUGGCGCCGGCUUUUCCACCAAUCUUGGCCUGCCCUGAUUUUGUUGGACCAGUGUCUCACCCAUACCCUUUUGAUUUCAUAAGCCAUGAGGAACGAAGCAACGCUAUCAACAAUGUUUUCUUUCCAGAGACACUAGCACCAGGAAAUGGAACAACCGCCGAAGAAGGUAAUGUUGGUGCUAGCUCAUUUGAUCCUAGUUAUAUUAUGGAUUACCCGGGAAUUAACAAUCAUCAUUUCUAGAUAUGUAGAAAUGUAUAAUGUAUUAAAUUUGGUAUGAAUUUCUUUGAAACUAUGUUUG